UUCGUGAUCAAGGAAAGUCACUGUGGUACAGCAAAGUCGUGUGGCACUUUUUUCGGGGACUCGACCAUUAAAAGUGACAGCUGGGAAAGUGCGAGCUUCCAGAAUAAUUUGGUUUCAAAUCAAUUCAGGUCAUAGGAGUCACGCCUAAGCAUACCCACAGGGAGCUUAUAAAAACACUAUCACUUGGAGGCCAAUCACUCAGUUAUUGGUCAAAAUGUCAACCAAGCGGAUCGUAGCCUUUUUUGGUUUGCUAACUAUCUACAAAACCCACGCGGAUGUGUCUCAUUUUUUUGCCUCCCCAUUGGAACAAUAUGGAAACUAUCUCCAUGGACAAGAGCCCUUUCAAGUGGGACUACCUUCGAAUUUAUAUGGACCUCCGCCUGCAGCUCCCGUAACUCCUGCCCCAGUGGCUCCCGCGGCCACCACUGAGUUUAGUCUGCCAGAGAUCAUCGAGAAUCGCAGUGUAAAGUUCCAGGGAAGUGGACAUGGCAGCUUCAUACCUCUAAGUCAGCAUUAUCUACCACCUGGUGUGGAGGAACGGCCCAACUACGAAAGUCCUAAGCCUAGCGAGGCGACUUAUCCAGCUUACUACUAUCCCCAGCCAACAGGCAGCAUAACUACUACCUCCACGCCCACAACUACCACUUCUGCAAGACCCAUCAUUGUACAAGAUCCUGGAGAGGAUAUUGAGACCAUACAUUCUCCUGGCUACGAUUACCAUGCUCCAGUGGCUGUUCCCGUAUUCCCGCAAAAGCCCUCCACUCCGGCUCCAGUUUACCUGCCGCCUCCCAAUGAUGGAACCCAGGAACAAAACCAACUGAGACUCCGUCUUAAGGACAUGCGUUGCCUUUCGGGGGGUUACUUUCGAGCUGUUCUCAAGUUGGACAGCUUCUUGGGAGCAGCACCCACUGUGGAUCAGGAUAAUGAUGAUCAACUAGACAAACGCUGUGAAACGAAACUAUCUCGAAGUUUUCUGCUCUUGGAUAUAUCUGGAGAGAAUUUCGAGAGAUGUGGCGUUAGAACCUGUGGCCAGGAUCUUUGUCUACGCUUGCGUUUUCCCGCCAUCAGGGGGCUAAGAACCAGUGGAGAUUCGAUCUUAACCCUACAUUGCAAGACCCAAGAGCGAGUGGCAGUCAAAACGCAUGCCUUAAAAAUGGGCGUGGCCAACGACGUGCAAGCUCGCAGUGGGGGUAGCUAUGCCCAUGGUGGAAAUCAAUUUCGGACCCAUGUAGAACUGUUGAGAAAAGGAAACACUGGAUAUACCCGACAUUUGGAGACCAAUGAGGCUGUCCAGUUGGGCGAGGAACUUCUGCUAAGAGCCCAUGUUCUAGCCGGAGAUGGCUGGAACUAUACAAAACUGAGUGAUGUGCAAUUGCAGAGGAUUGCAGGCGGAGGAGAAGUACUCAACACUGUUCAGUUGGUCAGUUCCAGGGGCUGUCUAAAUCCCGCCAUGCAGGCAAUCUGUGCCCAUCCCCCCGUUUUGGAACCCCCUCUCGGUCAGAGACUCCACUUCAAGGCGGUCAUGUUUCCAGGGAUGCGAAGUGGAGAGGUUUUGGUAAUAUCCAUGCGAAUCACUGGCUGUUUAGAACGCGAAGAUUGCCAGGUAACAGCUCAGGAUUGUUUGCCAUCAGUGGGCCAACGGAGAAGACGGAAUGUUUCACACGGAAAUGGUACUGAAGUUUCGGAACUCUCCCAUCUAACCUUCCGGGUGGUAAUGCCGGGUGAAAAGGAUACAUCUUCAAAUGAAAGAGAUAUGGAGAAUGAAAAUUUGGGCGUCAAAGAGGUUUCCAAAUCAUUAGCCCUCUUCGGCAGCUUGGGAUUUGUGGUAAUGCUUCUGGGAGUUGCCAUUGUGGCUUUAUAUAAAUUCGGGAAGUAGUCUAAACUAGAAAACUACAUCCGGUUUUAGAUUUAUAUAAGUUUUAUGUGCAGCAGAAAACAUUAGGAAAUUCCACAAUCAUAGAAAAGAUUAAAAACUUAUUAAUAAACUUUCUUGAUUAUACUAAAAGUGAAUACAAACAUUUUA